AUGUCAGCCCAGGAGCUCACUGUCCGUCUGUGCCAGGAGGGAGACCGGCACUUGACCCUGGAUGAGCUCCCCCUGGCCACCGCCUUCUACCUGGCCGCCUUCAGCUGCCACCCGUCCUCAGUGGUGCAGAGGGCACAGCAGUCACUGAGCCAGGAACAUACUGGGCAGGUGGUCUCCAUGCUCGAGGCCUGGUGCCGGGGAGAGGCCCAGAUCCCCUCUAUCCACUGGGAUGGCAUGGCUGUGGUCUCCCUCACUGUGGCCCUGGCUGCUGCCUUCCUCAGUGCCCUCCACCCCAACAACCUGGCCGCCUCCCUCUACAGGCUGACCACCCUUAUGGGGCAGGGGCGACAUGAGGAAGUGGCCAGGAGGUGCAAUGCUCUCCUGGAUGUCCACGCCCCAGGAUCUCUAGAGCUGAGGCUCAUGCGAGCUCUGGCCUGGAUCCUGUCCAGGGCCAAAGUGGGGGAUGGCGUGAUUGAGUACCUCCAGGCUUUUGUUACACACGACAACCAAACUCUGGGCUUUAUCCUUUCUCACCAACAGGACCACCUUCCCCUACUCAUCAGCGCCUGCCAGGAUUACCUCCUGAAGCAGCACAAGACAGAGGCAGCCGGAGGUCAGUGGGCUAGUGACUGCCACCGCUUCCUAGCUGCUCUGGCCCCCAGAGAGACCCAGGCAUCCUCCACACAGGCUGCGUCUCUGCUCAGGACAGGCAGACUGGAGGAAUGUGUGACCAUGUGCAGCCGUGUCCUUGAAUCUACCUUGCCUGGUGGCAAACUCCAAGGAGAAGGCGCAUCCAUCCUGCUGGUUACCCGGGCAGCAGCCUUUUUCUCCCUUGGUCGCCGGAGCCGGGAGAUGCUCAAGGACCUCCAGGAAGCCUUCCGGCUGAACCCAGACUGUGCCAAGAAACAACUCGAGGAGGUGUUCUCGCCUGGGGACAUGGAUCAGAUCCUGGCGCAGGCCCAGGAAAUAUUGGAAAUGGACUUUUCCCUUUUCCGAGAGGCGGUGAGAGCUCGCGAGGAGCUCCGAGCCGAUGCAGGGAUAGAACUCCUUCCUCCCAUCAUCCUUACCCUGCGCUUUCUCCUGGGUGUGGCUCCCCUUGGGGCCCAGCGGGAGCUGACCAUCCGGCUGAUUGACUGUCUGCUGUUGUCCGGCGAUGGCCAAGCGGCCCUGGGACUCUGUGAUCACCUUCUUGGGUCCGAGCACCCCACCUACCUCAGCACCUUGCUCACGUUCCGGGGUUUCUGCACCCUCCACGCAGGUGAGGCUGGGCGAGCCCUGGAAGACUUCCAGGCAGUGGUGGAACAUGAAGCCCCCCACCCCGGGAGCUGCGUGAGGGCCCUGUGUGGCCGUGGUCUGCUGCGGCUACUGGCCGGCAGUCCGUACCUGGCCACUCUGGACUACAUCACUGCCUCCAGGCUGAGGCUGCAAGAAGCCGUCUUCACCGUUAAGUCCUAUAUCCCCUGGAAUCAGCGGGGGCUGCUGCUGAAGGUGCUUCAGGAGGAGGGGCAGAAGAUGCUGCAGAGGGUAGAACCCACCCCGGGAGGCACCAGUGCCUGCUGCAAGAAGGCAACAGAGGAGGAGGGUAGCCCGCCUGCGAAAGAGGGGGAUGCCCACGGGGUUCACCAGCUGGCGGCCCUGCUGAUGGAGCUGGAUGGAAGUGAUGAGAUAUCCAGGCUUCUGAGUGCGGAUGCCCUCUACCAAAUGGGCCGUAUUGAAGAUGCCCACAAGACCCUCUUGGUGGCACUGUCCAAAAGCCCCCACACAGCCCCCAUCCUGGCCCGCCUGGCCCUGCUGCAGCUACGGAAAGGCUUUUUCUAUGAUGCCAACCUGCUGAUAAAGAAAGUUAUCCAGAUUGGGGACACCUCCUGCCUCCAGCUAAUCAUGGAGAUCUUCAGGGAAGAGGACCGGAAGCUACUGCAAGUCCACUGCCACUCGAGGGCUGUGACCAUCCUGAAGAAUAAACAGGGGGACACAUACACCAAAGAGGCCAUUGCCUACCUCUCUGUGGCCAUCAUUGCCUCAGGAAGCCAGGCCAGGGAAUCCCUCCUGGCCAGGGCCCGAUGCUAUGGCCACCUAGGCCAGAAGAAAACAGCCAUUUAUGACUUCAACACCAUCCUCAGGACUGACCCUACCAAUGUGCAGGCUCUGUGUGGUCGGGCAUUUAUGUAUCUGGUUCUGAAUCAGCAGAAGGAGGCUGUGGACAGCAUCAUUUCUGCUCUUACCCUGGACAUGGCGGGAGUGGUCCCUGAGAUCUUGUCACUGAAACAAGAAGCCCAGGUCUUCAUCACUCAAGGCCUCUACUCCCACUGCAGAACUGGGUUGAACCAGCUGGCUUUGGACAGGAACCUUCCUAGAGAAGAGCCCUCCAAGAAACUGCUGGCCAUCGGGGAAGCGCUCAUUAAAAUAGACGCCACAAAUGCCAGCUGGCGCAUCCUCCUUGCAGAUGUUUGGAUUUUAACAGGUUGCUAUGAGAAGGCUCUUGAGCACCUACAAGAAGUCCUUGGCCCCACUCCCAGGUCUGAGCCUGCCCAGGCCCGUCUGGGAUUCCUCCAGGUGAAGAAGAGAGACACUGUAGCCGCCAUUCACAACUUGCAGCCCCUAGCUGGGAAAGACCCUAAGGAUCUGGGGUUCCUCUUGCACCUCUUGGACACCAAGCAGAGGCACAGCCUGUCACAGGCAGCAGCUGAAGAAGGAAGUGCCCUAGAAAAGCAUCAGUGCCCAGAGAAGGCUCUUGGCUACUACACCCUGGCUGUCCUGGCCAGCAAUGGGAACCCCAGACACCUCCGGCUGAGGGCAUCAUGCCUGUUCCACCUGCAGGACUUCAGCGGGGCCCUUAGAGACUUGGACAAAGUGAUCCAGAAGCACACAGCCAAUGACCUCCAGAUGCAGGUGGAAGAUUUUUGUUCCAGAGGCCGCUUGUUUUUAGGCCUCUCAGAUGAGGCUAGCGCUGUGGAAGAAUUCAUCCGAGCCUUCCAUCUGUCUCCAUCCCUGGCCCUGCGCAGUGUGUCUGCUCAGCCGGGAACAAAAGCACUGGCCAAGAUGUUCCACCUGGCAGGUCAGCACUGCUUGGAGGAACAGCGCUAUGAGGAUUCAUGGAAGGUGGUCGAGUAUGGCCUCCUCCUAGACGAGAAUAGCAGUGACUUGAAGAAGCUUCGAGGGAGGAUCAAGAGAGAAGUCUCGUGGGGCUGCAGAAUUCACUGA